CUACGCGACAAUCACAUGUGUGAAUAGACAGCGAUAGACAGAUAGGAGAUUCAGGAGCCAACCAAAGAAACAAUUUACCAUAUCUCAGUGUAAAUAUUUUUGUGAUUGGUGUGAUUAAAAUGGAUCGCAAGGAUCGUAAACGUUUAGAUGACUGGUGCAAGUUUAUUGUGCCCAAAAUCAAUAUGGAAAAACUUUUGCCAAAAUUGAUCGAAAACAAAGUUUAUAACAAAGACGAUGUAAAUAUCCAAAGAUGGAAAAAAAACCUCAGUUCAGAAGAUACAGUUAAAGAGAUAUAUGUAACAAUUAAAACUCGAGGACCACAUGCAUUUAGAAAUUUUAUUCUUAGUCUUAGAGAAUGUGGUUAUGAAGAUAUAGCUAAUAUAUUGGAAGAAAAAGAUCACGUAAAUAAUUACAAUACAAGUGCAAAACAAACUUGUGAUGAUAUAACAACUCUGGAAGAAAGAAACAAUGUUAACACUAGUUUUCCAGGACAAGGAUUUUGGUGCUCAACAGCUACUGAACCUUUAAAAAUUAAAGUACUGAAAGCCAAAAAAUUUGUGGAUGGUGAAUAUAACUCUAUCGGACGGUAUCCCAUGCGAAGUAAACCUCGCGGAAUGGUUUUAUUAAUCACAAAUAUAUAUUAUAACUCACCAGAAGAAAAACCAAGAAUUUCUGCAAAGCAUGAUGAAGAUAAUUUGAACAAGUUAUUUACAGAAAUUGGUUUUCAAGUUGUAUCAUACCAGAACCUGACAGGAGAACAAAUAAGAGAUGCAGUAAAAACUUUUUCUAAAAGAGACGAUUUGACUAAAGUUGAUUCAUGUUUUGUGAUUGUGACAAGUCACGGUACAGAAGAUAAAGAAAAUAAUACAGAAAUUCAGGGAACUGAUUAUCAUAGUGCGAGCAAGCAAACAAAUUAUGAGAAAGUUCUGUGUUCAGACAUUUGUGAUUAUUUCACAGUAGAAUCCUGCCCACAACUAGCAAACAAACCUAAGAUAUUUGUUUUUCAGUUAUGUAGAGGUAAAAAGAAGCAGAAAGCAGUAAUUAAUGACAGGAUUAUGACAGAUAGUUGUGCUCCUCCAAACACAAAAACAGAUGAAUCCAGUUUAGAUAUAUUUCGAAGUCGUUCCACAAGGAAUUAUUCAGAUAUGCUUGUAGUUCAUUCUACUUUGCCUGGAUACGUUUCGUACCGAGAUACUAUAACUGGCAGUUGGUUUAUACAGAAUCUUUGCAAAAUAUUUAUGAACCAUGCUUGCACAACUCAUGUUCAAGAUUUAUUUAGCCUGGUUGAUUCAGAGUUGAAAAACCUCAGGACGAUAAACAAUGAAUGCCAAACCUCAUCUAUACAGUCAUUGGGAUUUCAUAAACAUUGUUAUCUCCAUCCUGGCCUUUUUGAAGAAUGAUUGAAUAAUCCAUAACAUCACAGGCCUAUAGAAAAAAAAAAACUAUCUUUUUUUCAUCAGUGUGGAUGUAACCUAUAACGAAUUUGACGAUUUGUACUAGUGCGAACUUUGUCGGUGCUACACCUAUGCGGCUAGUGGCUUCUUUUCCAGUGCAACAAAAUCGUCAUAUUCAAAUAAGCUGCAUUAUUUUACAGUAUUUUUAUGUAAUAUAUGUGUAAUCUAUUAAAAUUUAUAUAUUUAUACGAGAAUAUAUAUAUAUAAUUAAGAUAGUAUAUAAUAUAAUAGAUAUUAACAGAUAUUAAAUCAGAUUUAAGCGAACAUGUAUAUCCCAG